AUGAAGUGUGCCAUACAUACAGGUGAGAAAGUGUUCAUGGUGUGUAAAUCAUGUGACAAGUUCCCCUUUGUCUGUGGAGUUUGUAUUGAAGAGGAACAUGCAGAGCACAAAGUUCAGACAUUAAGGAACGCCGCUCAGUCUAUCCGUCAGAAUCUGGAACAGGUAGAAACCGAGAAUGUUCAGGUGUUUAAAGAGAUCAAAUCGGAUCGAGAUCGUCUCACCAAAAUCAGAGAUGAUCUGCAACAGGAUGCUUCUAACGUAGAUGAUGAGAUCGCGAAACGUGCUGAUAUUAUCAGAAGCAAAAUCGACGAAGUCAACACGGAAGUAAUACAGAAACACAAAACGGAAGUUGGUAAGAACACGCAGGCCAUAGACAGAACGGAGGAAGCUCUGAAACAGCAGGUGUCCCAAAUAAACACGUUCAAGAUGAAGGUGGCUCAACUGCAGAAGAUGAACGACUGCGUGGACGUGAUUAAAUUGGGAAGGAACUUGGAGGUGCCGGAUAUCAGCCGCAUCCCCAGGCCGGACAUACACGCCCUUGUAUUCAUCCCCGGGACUGUCAGGGACGGAGAACUCAAACGAAUGUUUGGGGUAUUAAAACGUUUGAUAGUUCAAACAAUGGCGUUACAACGACGAUGUCGUCUGACUUUGUUGGUUCGAUCGAAAGAGAAUCAAAUAUCAAAGUAA